GUGCUGCACCAGUUGAGUAGUCCUCGACUUACGACCGGUUGAGUAGUCCUCGACUUACAACCGGUUGGGGGUCGCGGCAUUAAAAAGGUUGAGAACCACUGUUCUAGCUAAAGAUUAAAGUCCUAAAUAAGAGGCUUCUGUAGAAACUUAGAACUCUGUAUUUAGAUCAAGUCUGUCCAAACUUGGCAACUUUAAGAUCUGUGGAUUUCAACUCCCAGACUUCCCCAGCCAGCAUGAAAAAUUCUGGGAGUUGACGUGCACAAGUCUUAAAGUUACCAAAGUCUGGACAUCCCUGAUUUAGACUAUCUUGUAAAAGGAAACAGAUUAUCUCCCACUUUUAUGAAAUGAGUAUUUUUUUGUGUUUGCAUGAUUAAGGAUGUUCCAAAAGCUUUGAACUCUCCAAAGUUAUUUUGGAAAGCUGUCUUUUGGUGCCAUCUUCAGGCUUCUUUUUUAUCGUAUAUUUUUAUUAAAAGUUUUUUUUUCUUAAUAUGAAAUACAAAAAAGACAAUGGAAAAAAGGGAAAGCAGAUAGAGGGGAAUAAAAAAGAAACAGAAAACAGUGACUUGCAACCUUUUAAAGUGAAGUAAGAUACAUAAUGAUGUUACAGUAUCAACUUUUUAGUUAUACCAAAUAGUAAACUACUAACCAUUUCUAUAACAAUAACUAUCAUCAGGCUUCUCAGCGUUUCUUGACCAGAAAAUCUAAUAAAGUGUCUCUACUUCACACCACCUUCCAAUUGUCAAAUACUUACUACGGUAGUCGUGUACAAGACGAUGCUUUAAAUAAAUGAAUAAAGAUGGAUUGUAACUGAGGCCCUGGGCCUGAAGAGUGCCCUUCCCCUGGCUGGGGAUGAUUGUUUGGGUAGUGGCAUGUAUUUGAUUUUUUGAUAAGAGUAUAUCUUCUGCACUUUUAUUGUAAGGUGCCUAGAAUCAAGUAAAACUGAGACAGGCACCUAUGGAUGGAUAGAUAGAUGGAAGGAAGGAAGGAGAAAGAAAGAGUGAGAGGAAGGAAGGAGGGAGGGAGGAAAGAAAGACAGUGGGAGGGAGAAGAAAGAAAGAAAGAAAGAAAGAAAGAAAGAAAAGAAAAAGAGAGUGGUAAGGAAGGAAGGAAGGAUGCUAGGGAGGGGAGGGGAGGAAGGAAGAGGCUCUUAGCGGGCAACUGGAGAAGGACGAUGGGACUUGUAGUUCCCUAGACCCCUGCCCCUCUCCUCCCUUCCGGGCUUCAGAGGCCCCCGGCGGGCCGCGUCUCCUAAGGCGCUUCCCCCGGGGACGGCCGAACGCCGCGGGACUACCCGUCCCAUGCGCCUCGGCGGGAGAGAGCGAUGGGAGGCGGGACGCGCCGGGCCAGGCCUCGCCCGCCCGGAAAUGAGCGCUGAGGCGGCGGCCGGGGGACGAGGCCGGCGUCGGGCCUGCUCUUCCGGGAUGCGGCGGAGGCGGCCGAGGCGGCGGUCCGGGCAUGAGCGACGUGGUGGAGCGGACGCUGAGCGCCUUGCCCGGCUGGCUGGGGCAGCAGCGCGAACCCGCGGCGGCGCUGGGCGGCGGCGGCGGCGGAGGAGGCCCGGCGCGGCCCGGCCGGAGCGCCGCCACCUCGCGCCUGGGCGGCCUAAUCCGCAGCAUCACCGCGCUCGCCUCCAAGCAUGAAGAAGAAAAACUUAUCCACCAGGAAUUAAAUAAUUUAAAAGCCACUGUUGCCGCACCAACUACAACUCUGAAAUUGAUGAAGGAAUGUAUGGUGAGGAUGAUCUACUGUGAGAUGCUGGGCUAUGAAGCCUCUUUUGGAUACAUCCAUGCCAUUAAGCUCGCACAGCAAGGCAAUCUUUUUGAGAAAAGAGUUGGUUAUUUGGCAAUUUCUUUAUUUCUGCAUGAAAACCAUGAGUUGCUGGUUCUGCUGGUGAAUACAGUGGUGAAGGAUUUGCAGAGCACGAAUCUCAUGGAGGUGUGCAUGGCCCUCACAGCGGCCAGCCAGCUUUUCCCGCAAGAAAUGAUUCCCGCUGUCCUUCCGCUCGUAGAAGACAAACUCCAGCAUUCUAAGGAAAUUAUUCGGAGAAAAGCCGUCCAGGCCCUGUACAAGUUCUACUUAAUUGCACCCAAUCAAGUCCAGCACAUUCACGACAAAUUCCGGAGGGCGCUUUGUGAUAGAGAUGUGGGUGUCAUGGCCGCAUCUUUGCACAUCUACCUGCAGAUGAUGAAGGAAGAUCCCUCGGAAUGUAAGGAUUUAACAAGCAGCUUUGUAACCAUUCUGAAGCAGGUGGUUGGAGGAAAGCUCCUUGCGGAUUACAACUAUCACAACACUCCAGCCCCUUGGUUGCAAAUCCAGCUUUUAAGAAUACUGGGGCUACUUGGAAAAGAUGAUCCGAGGACCAGUGAAUUAAUGUAUGAAGUUUUGGAUGAAUCUUUAAGGAGAGCAGAAAUCAAUCACAACAUUACCUAUGCGAUCCUGUUUGAAUGUGUCCACACCAUUUAUACAAUUCACUCCAGAUCUGAUCUGCUCGAGAAGGCCGCCAAAUGCAUUGGGAAAUUUGUCUUGUCUCCUAAAAUUAAUUUGAAAUAUUUGGGAUUAAAGGCUUUAACGUAUGUCGUCCAGCAGGACCCCAACCUUGCACUGCAACACCAAAUCACAAUAAUUGAGUGUCUGGAACAUCCUGAUCCCAUCAUUAAAAGAGAGACCUUGGAACUUCUGUACCGAAUAACCAAUGAACAAAACGUCACUGUCAUUGUACAGAAGAUGCUUGACUACAUAAAUCAAAGCAAAGAGGAAUAUACCAUCAUCAACAUUGCUGGAAAAAUAGCAGAGUUAGCUGAAAAAUAUGCUCCAAACAAUGAAUGGUUCAUCCGGACGAUGAAUGCCGUGUUUUCUGUGGGAGGAGAUAAAAUGCAUCCCGACGUUCUGAACAAUUUCUUGAGACUUCUUGCGGAAGGCUUUGAAGAUGAGAAGGAAGACGUUCAGCUGCGGUUUCACGCUGUCCAAUCUUACCUGUCAUUACUAGAGGACAAAAAUGCAGUUUAUCCGCAGAAAUUUCUUCAAGUGAUGAGUUGGGUAUUGGGAGAGUACAGUUACCUCCUGCAAAACGUGGAUCCUGAAGUUGUUUUAGCAAGUCUGUAUCGGAUCCUUAAAAGCAACGCCACGUCUGAAACCAAAGCUUGGAUCGUGGCUGCAAUUUCUAAAACGGCUUCCCGUGCAACUGGUUCAAAGACGGUGGAGAAAUUCCUCUUCGAAUUCAGCGCAUCCUUGGAUACCAGCAUGAGGCAGCAGGCGUUCGAGUUAAAAUACCUUUACCAAAAUAAGGAACUGAUGAAGAGACUGUUUCCACUUGAUGCGAGCUGUAAGAACGUUGUGGUGGAUGCUUCAUUGUCUUUCUUAGACGGUUUUGUGGCUGAAGGACUGGACCGGGGUGCGUUGCCAUACAAACCUCAUCACCAAAGACAGGAAGAGAAGCUGUCCCAGGAAAAAGCUUUGAACUUUGAACCCUACGGGGACUCCUUUUCUCGGAGCUUCCCUGCAUCCAGAAUUACCGGCAGGCUAUCUCCAACCGGACUUUCUCUGGGCUCGGAUAAUAGUGUGGAGACAGGACAGAAAGAGAACAACAGCCUGAAGCUUGAGGGCGUAAAGAAAUUGUGGAGCAAAGAAGGCUACCUCCCCCAGAAGAAAAGCCCAGAAGAACGAGAAGAGAUAACCACCGAGGCUGCUCUUCAGGGCGGCCCAUCAGUAGAGACGGUGGCCGGCACUUUCCCACUGCAACCUAAGGAAGAAACGACAGAGGUCGCAGAACGGACCAAUGAGAAGCAGCGGCUGGCUUCAGCACUCUUUGUCGGGCUAGGGUCACAAAGCAGCACCAAUCUGAUGGGCAAGGCAGACUCCACAGCCCAGAAGUUUACAAGGAAAUUGAAAAUGAACGAAGCCUUCCCUAAUGAGAGCUCAUUGCCUAUGGAAAGCUCAACCACCACUUCCUUAUUUCCGGAAGCGUUAACUGAAAAGAAGGACCUUUUUCUAAACAAUGGACAUCUCAAAUUCAGGAAAGCUUCCCUAAAUUCUGCUGAAAUGCCGGAAUACAAAACGGUGCUGGAUCGCUCCCAUUCGUUGCCGGAAGGUGAGUUGAAUGAAAAGUCGCUGGAUCACCAGUUUUCGCCAUCUUCUUUAUUUACCCACGGUCACAUGGACGUUUUUCAUCCUUCCCCAAGUUCUCCCACUAAAAUUCGAAAGCAACUUUUGCAGCUAACUCCUCGGCUACCAGAAGAAGCAAGCCAGCAUCCUCAUUCCGACAUUUCAGAACUCUGCAGCAACGAAUCCCUGCUUGUGUAUUUUUCUAAGGUCUGGAAAGAGGACUGUUUUCUGGUUUUUUUAUUUCUCGCCAAUAAAAGCCCUUCCGUUCUGAAAGACGUAAGGCUGGAAUUCCAGCACUCGGAACAUUUUAAGAUGGUGGACGGUCUUGACUGCCCACUUGCUGUGAUAGAAAAUAAGAAUAUAGAAAGCUUCCAGAUGUAUGUAGAGAUGGAGAAACCCUGUUCUUCAGGAAAAAUCUUUGGUUGCAUCAGUUAUCCAUUAGAAUUGGAGGUCCAUCUCAGAUUUUCUCUCUCUUUAGAGCUGUUGGAUUUUAUUAGACCAAUGAAGAUGAGCACGGAUGAAUAUGGAAAACUGUGGCUCUCCAUUUCAAAUGAAGUCAAACAAAAUCUAAAGGUGGCACCAUCUCAAGGUACCCUGUCCAUGAUGCUAGACAUCCUUCAGCAAAAACUGAAGCUACAUAUUGUUGAUAUCAUAGGGAAAUGGGAAUCCCUGCCACUGAGCACAAAGCAACUGAUGUGGUUCCGGCUAAUGAAACCUUCCAAAGAACUUCCAGGCAUUGAUUUUCCUAAAAGUCUUUUAUUGUUACAAAAUGUCGGCACAGGCACAACGGAGGGAUGCUAGGAUCUAAGUUCUCUUCCUCUGAGCAGUUAAAUUAUCAGCGUGUUCCCUCCCUAAAUUAGCCGUCAUAUCUCACACUAUCCAAUUAGUGUGAAGGUCAAAGGUUCCCUUUCGUCUAGCUGUGAAACUGCUUACGGAAUUCAAAUGGGCCAUUUUUGAGUUUUGCAAUUUACUGCCUAAGACCUCUAAAGUAGCCCACUAUUUAUUUGAAUGAAUAUCUAUUUAAAUUAUGGGGGGAGGGGGGUUAGCAGGCCAGUGGGGGCAGACCGGCACAGCUGAUCCUCCUCAGCGCAUUUUUAAUAUUCUAAACAAUUGGGGAAAUUACUGAAGCCAUAAAAUUAAGAAUAAAAAUGAUGAAUAAGUGUGGUGUUUCAACUGCGAAUGAACAUCUGCAUUCAUUUUGAGAGGGGUCAGGAUUCUUCCCACCCACCCCCAAUGUGCCUUACCCUUUUUCUUCAUGUUCUGAGAACUAGCUUGCCAAUGACGGGCACUGAGUUCAGACCAGUGGCCGGUUUGUUAGAGAAAAACAGACUGGAAUGAUAAUAAUUCAGUUAAUAAGCACUCGGUGAGAAAACCAGAGUUUAGAUAGUGGGUGUAGGAGAUGACCAGGUGGAGGGCAGGAUCAAAGGCAUCAGCAGUUUGGAGACUGUGUGUUCCCACAAGAGACCGAAGUCCAGGCCCUUGUGAAUUCUGUUGACUCUCAUCUAGGACCAAUUUGGCUUGACCGUUAGAUCAGAUUUUUGUGUAUAGACAACAUGAAACAAACUUUUAGUGCUUUGAACUGCCCUAUUCAACUUCAACAGAAGACAACGUUUGUAGCCUGCAGUUGAACUGAGGGGUCCUUGGUGCUCUUUGAGCUUGGUCAUUUUCUUGCAGAUGUUUCAUUACCUGACUAGGUAAUGUCAUCAGUGGUAGGGAUGUUACUUAGUCAGGCAAUGCUAUGUCUGCAAGCCAACAACCAAGUUCAGAGAGCAUCUAGGACCCCACAGUUGAACCAAGAGCUUACACAUAUUCUCUUCUAUUGAAAUUUUGAAAUUCACCUAGAACUGGAACACAAGACAUCUCUUUAUCUGGUACCAUCAACUAGGACCUGCCUUAUAAUUACGCUGUCUUAAUUACAUAAAGACUGGAUUUGCUCACCUGUGGCUCGAUCAGAUCCCACUUACCACCAGGAUUUAUACAAUAUGUUAAGCAUGCUUAGUUUUAACAGUACUUUUCCUAGGGUUGAAUUAUCCUGGUGGGUACACCCCGCUUAUUUCAUAAGUUAAUACUUUAAUGCUUUAAUGCAAAGCCAGAACACUAUUUAGCUGAGUAACCAAAUUAAGGCUUUUCCUAAUGUGACCCCCUGUGGGGGUCAAUAUAUUUCAACUCUGCAUCUGUGUGAACUUUAAAUCAAUGGAUCAGAAAGAGCAGAGGACAUUCAGGGCUAUUAUUGAUACAAGCACUGAGACUAUAAUUAUAGAUAGGAGAGAAAGGAUACGAAAAGUUCUUUAAACGGAACCUUCUCAAAAUAUUUUCUUCGCCCUUCCCAUAUCAUAAAUGCAGACUAUGUGAGCAUCUGUGAGAUUCCCAAAAUAUUUUAUCUCCAGAUGGCCGAAUAAAGUGUACAAAUUGUUACAGGGAUUUUUCCCCCCCAUAUGGGAUGGUUCAGCUAUGUUAUUUGCAUGUAAAUAUGGUUCCUAUUCAACACAGGCACUACAUGCAUGCAGAUAUACAAUGCUCAAAGCAAAACUUUGGUAUUUGUUCCAAGAUGCAAGAAAAAUUAAACUUGAACCUUCGCUACUAAAUGCUGCAGCUGAAUUAAUAAAGACUACUAAACUUAUAAACCAUUGCAACAAACCAUGGUUACGUGAUCAAAAUUUGGGCACUUGGCAUGUGUUUACAAUGAGGGCAUGUGAUCACCAUUUACAAUCUUCUCAGCAAGCCAAAUCAAUGGAGGAAGCUAGAUUCGCUUAACGUCCAUAUGACUUGCUUAACAACUGCAGUGAUUUGCUUAACAGCGGUAGCAAAAACAUAAAAUUGGUUAUGGUUCAUUUAAUGACCACUUUACUUUAGCAAUUCUGCACUGUAACUGUGGUAUGCGGCUGCCAAAAAAGCCAACACAGUGCUAGGCUGCAUUAACAGAUGAUAGAAUCCAGAUCACAUGAAGUGUUAAUACUGCUUUAUAUAACGUCUUGGUAAGGCCACACUUGGAAUUCUGGCAGGUGAAGUCCACACAUCUUAAAGUUGCAAGCUUGACGAACACAGCUUUGGUAAGGCCUUGGUAAGGCCACACUUGGAAUACUGCAUCCAGUUUUGGUCACCAUGAUUUAAAAAAGAUGUUGAGAUUCUAAAAGAGGGCAGAGAAGAGCAACAAAGAUGAUCAGGACUGGAGGCUAAAGCAUACAAGGAACAGUUGCUGGAAUUGGGUAGGUCUAGUUUAAUGAAGAGAAGGACGAGGUUUGCAUGACAGCAGUCUUUGGAUAUCUCAGGGGCUGCCCCAAAGAAGAGGGAGUCACUAUUCUCCAAAGCACCUGAAGGCAGGACAAGAAGCAAGGGAUGGAAACUCAUCAAGG